AUGAAAGCGUUUAUUUCAUGUGUGUUAGGCUUUGAUCCCUCAGGUUGUGAUGUUGAGGGUGGAAUAUUGGGUUUAGUCAAAGGUUAUUAUGGGUGCGUUGAAGCGCAGGGUCGUGGCACUUUACAUUGUCAUAUGUUAGUGUGGUUGGAGGGAGCUUUGGAUCCGAAUGAGAUCCAUGACCGAGUUAUGAAAGACAAAGAUACGGAUUUUCAACAUCGCUUGCUCGCAUUCUUGGAUGAUAGCAUAUCUAAUUCAUUGCCUGACGAUCCAGAUCCUUGUUGUGCGGUUCCCUCUGCAUCUCAUCAUCCAUGCUCUGUCAUAGGAGUUUCUCAAUCUGCUUGGGGCGACAGAUAUCAUAUGGCAAGACAAAAGGACUUGUACCAUCUUACUCGAGCAUGUCAGGUGCAUAGGCAUUCAGCUACUUGUUUCAAGUACUGGAAAGGACCUCCCCAGCCGAAAGAGUGUAGAUUUGGUCUGGACGAAAAGAAAUAUUGUCCUUCUAGUUCUUUUGAUAUGGAUAGUGGCGAAAUCUCUCUUCGAUGUUUAGAUGGUAUGGUGAAUAAUUUCAACGAAACAAUGUUAGAGCUCAUUCGAUGUAAUAUGGAUAUCAAGUUCAUUGGAUCAGGCGCAAGUGCAAAGGCUAUUUUGUACUAUAUUACAGAUUACAUCACGAAAUCUCAGUUGAAAGCGCAUGUCGCAUAUGCCGCUUUGGAUCUUGCAGUCCAUAAAUUAGGAGAAUAUCAUCCAGAGGAUGGAGAUUCGACACUUCGUGCCAAGCGCUUGCUUCAAAAAUGUGCAUAUUCGAUGAUAUCUCAUCAGGAAUUGUCUGGUCCGCAGGUAUGCUCCUAUCUGUUAGAACUCGAAGAUCACUUCACUAGUCAUUCGUUCAAUAAUCUGUAUUGGACCUCUUUCGAAAGAUAUAUCGAUGCCGAGAGUCCGAGUCCUGAAUGCAAUGCAAAUAAUUCGCAAGACAUAUGUCAUGAAGACGACCAAACUGAUCAAGAUGCUAAUGAAGAAGUACACGAGUUUCCACACGACGAUGAUGACAUCGAGGAUGACAUUGACGAAGAAGUCGGUGUGUCCGUCAAUCAUGUAGGAGAAUUGAGUGCCAAACCUUCUCAGCUUCUGGAUUACAGAUUGCGUGGUCCGCAGCUCCGUUUGCUUUCUCUA